CGUACUUUGCUUCUCUCUUCUUCCCUUUCCCUCUCCAUCCCUCCCUCCCAGUUCUCUGCUCUCCUCACUGUCCCCUCUCGUCCAUUUUACACCACCCUACGUUCAUACAAAAGCAUGGUCAAAGUCGUAGUAUGCGGUGCUGCUGGCGGCAUCGGUCAACCCCUGUCGCUGCUCUUGAAGCAGUCAGAUCUCAUUUCACAUCUGGCCCUGUACGAUAUCGUCAAUGCCGCCGGUGUGGCCGCAGAUCUCUCCCACAUCAACACCGCCUCCAGAGUCACCGGACACGUCGGUAAGGAAGCUCUGGCCGAGGCCCUCCAAGGCGCCCAUACCGUCGUCAUCCCUGCAGGUGUACCCCGUCGUCCUGGCAUGACCCGCGAUGAUCUCUUCAAGGUCAAUGCUAGCAUCGUACGUGAUCUUGCUCAGGCAUGUGCGGAUCACUGCCCCAGGGCAUUUAUCCUCGUUAUCUCGAAUCCUGUCAAUUCCACUGUGCCAAUUGUCUGUGAAGUGCUCAAGAAGGCCAAAGUGUUUGACCCUCGAAGAGUGUUUGGUGUGACAACACUAGACGUCGUCCGGUCUUCACGUUUCGUCCAUGAGAUCAAGCCCCAGUUCGAGCCCCGCUCUAACCGAAUCACAGUCGUCGGCGGACACAGCGGUGCGACCAUUGUCCCCCUGCUUUCACAGUUCCAACAACGACUCUCGUUCACGCCCGAGGAGAUUAAGACACUGACACACCGCAUCCAGUACGGAGGUGAUGAGGUCGUCAAGGCUAAGGACGGUGCGGGAUCAGCAACGCUCUCGAUGGCAUAUGCGGGUGCACGGUUCACGAAUGCGUUGCUCGAGGCUUCUGUAAGAGGGAAGCAAGGGCUGGUGGAGUCGACAUUUGUGCAUUUGGGCGGCAAUCCUGGCGGAGAGUGGAAUGCGAGGGCAACGGGACUGGAAUACUUUGCACAGGAUGUGGAGUUGGGAGUCGAGGGAGUGAAGAAUGUGUUGGCGUUGCCGGACCUAUCGGCGGAGGAGCAGGCAUUGGUGAAGACGGCGAUCGGGGAAUUGCAGGGAAAUAUUAAGAAGGGAGUCAGCUUUGUUGCGGAGGCAGCCGGGGCAGCAGGACCUGCCGCCAAGUUGUAAAGACCAUCAUCAUACCAGGUCCGGUUGCGUUGAUCCAGAGAGAUGUAGAACACACGGAUGCCAGACAAAGAUCGGGAUAAAAACAAGGAACAGCAAGGAAGGUGUGUUCAAGCUGUACAUGUACUAUAUAGUUCAUUAAACUUGAGAAUGACUAUGACAGAUGUAGACAUGGACAUGGCCUAGACGUAAAGAAACGUAUUAUAGAAAGGAGGGGAGGGAAGGUUCUUGUACUGGAGGAUGAGACAGAGACCAUAACAUAGGGGGCUACUUGUAUUCAUA